AUGGGGGAUCCACCUUCUAGGAAGUAUGGCUUAUUGCAAGACCUCGUACUUCUUGCUGUCUCUGUAAGUGACCUGCUGGGAUUUCUACGGACGGGCUGAUGGUAGGAAAGUGCCCUGCUAAUACUGAGAAUCACAGUUGGGCUCUAUGUGGUACAUUGCUCAAAGUAUAGUGUCGAGUUUACCAACGGCUGGCGAUCCUGAUAAGGAACAACACGAACAAGCGCGCAUUAAGGCAGCUGCCAAUCUGCGAAGAUUAGACAGAAGGUCGAACGAUUCGGAUUCAGAUGACGAUAAUGAUGGUCGAGGUAGAAAAAGAAAUGGCGACAAGAAACCACGGCAGCGAAAAGAACACCUGGAAUUGGAUCAAUAUGAGAGCCAAAUAGCUUUAGAAGUCGUGGCACCUGAGGAUAUACCUGUCGGAUUUGAUGGCAAGCUUUAUGCACGCAUCUGCAAGACAUCAUACUAACAUUUUUUGUUUAGAUAUCGGAGGUCUGGAUGACAUUAUCGAAGAACUCAAGGAAUCCGUAAUCUACCCUCUUACGAUGCCUCAUUUGUACGCGCAUUCUUCCUCACUUCUCGCCGCGCCCUCCGGUGUACUUCUCUACGGUCCUCCUGGUUGCGGAAAGACUAUGUUGGCAAAGGCGUUGGCACAUGAAAGUGGAGCGUGUUUUAUAAAUUUGCAUAUUUCGACCUUGACCGAGAAAUGGUACGGCGACUCGAAUAAACUUGUGAGAGCCGUCUUUUCUCUUGCCCGAAAGUUGCAACCAACCAUAGUUUUCAUUGAUGAAAUUGAUUCGAUCCUUGGCCAAAGACGCAGCGGGGAACAUGAAGCGAGUGGAAUGGUGAAAGCAGAGUAAGAGAACCUGAAUGGCUUGCUCAUUAAUGAUGCUUAUAUGAUUUUAGGUUUAUGACCCUCUGGGAUGGCCUUACAUCGGCCAGCGAAACUGGCUUACCCUCUCAAAUCAUGAUUUUGGGUGCAACCAAUCGAAUUCAGGACAUUGACGAAGCUAUUCUACGAAGGAUGCCCAAGAAAUUUCCAGUUUCGCUACCCUCCAAACCACAGAGAUUACGAAUUCUACAAUUGCUACUAAAGGACACCAAGAUUGAGGAAGACAACUUUGAUAUGGACUAUUUGACGAGAGUUAUGGCUGGAAUGUCUGGCAGUGAUAUAAAGGAAAGUUGCAGAGAUGCUGCAAUGGCUCCUAUAAGAGAAUAUAUUCGUGAGCAGCGGCAGCGCGGGAUCGCUAUGACUGGAGUGAAGCCGGAUGCUGUUCGAGGUAUCAGGACUGCCGAUUUCUUCGGAACAAAAGGAGGUCAAAUUAUUAUUAGCAACCACGCAAAAGUGCAGAGGGAUUCCAAAAAGCGAUCCACAAAAAAGUCUCGAGGCCAGGAUUCUAGCGACGAGUAUGAAGACACCGAGGACAACGAGCCUCUGGUUGAGCCGCAGGAUUGA